AUGGCGGCGAAGCAGCAGUCGCAGUUGCCUUCCAAGGAAGCCUCGCUCUUCCGCCAUCUCGUCCAGAACUACGAAUCGAAGCAGUACAAGAAGGGUCUCAAGAACGCCGAACAAAUCCUGAAGAAGCACCCCAAACAUGGCGACACCCAGGCCAUGAAAGCGCUCAUCCUGAGCAACCAGGGGAAGAACGAUGAAGCGUUCGCAUUAUGCAAAGUGGCGCUCGCAAACUCCAUGAAGAGCAACGUCUGCUGGCACGUCUACGGUCUACUAUGGCGGCAGAUCAAGAACUACCAGGAAGCCAUGAAGGCGUACAAGAUGGCGUUGAACCUCGACCCGGACAGCACGCAGAUACAGCGGGACCUGGCACAUUUGCAGGUGCAGAUGCGGGACUACAAUGGCUUCGUGCAGACGCGGAGGAAGAUGUUGCAGGCGAAGCCGCAGUUUAGGCAGAACUGGACUGCGCUGGCUGUGGCGUUGCAUUUGAGCGGUGAUCUGGCUGGAGCGGAAGAUGUGCUGCAGAAGUUUGAACAGACGCUGGAGAAGAAUCCGCCGCCGAAGAGUGAUAUUGAGCACGCGGAGGCGGUGCUGUAUAAGAAUACCAUCAUUGCGGAAGAAGGGGAGCUGGAAAGAGCGCUGGAGCAUGUGGAGGGCCUGUAUAAGUCGGCACUGGACAAGACGUCGGUUAUGGAGUACAAAGCAGACUACCUCUUGAGGCUGGAUCGAAAGGCAGACGCAGAGGCGGCGUACCGGUUACUGCUCGCGCGGAAUCAGGAGAAGAGGGAGUACUACGAGGCACUCGAGAAGGCGCUGGGGCUUGAUCGCAGCAAGAGUGAGGAUCAGGAAAAGCUUUUGCAGAUGUACCAGUCAUUCGCGGACCAGAGCGAACGGAUAGAUGCGGCCAGACGGAUACCACUCGAUUUCCUAGAAGGUGACGCAUUCCGAAAGCACGCAGAGCAAUAUCUCCGACGCAUGUUCAGCAAAGGAAUACCCAGUACCUUCGCGAACGUAAAGCAGCUGUACUCGGACCCAGCUAAGAAGCAGACGCUACGAGAACUUGCCGAGAAGCUGCUGUCAGAACAGCCGAGCGCAAACGGAGAUGCAGCGCCUGCCCAAGCCAACGGGAGCAUCGAUGGUGCCAGCAAACCUCAAAAGUCCGAUCCGACCACAACAUGGCAGCUAAGCGUCAACUACUUCCUCGCACAACACUACGACUACCACCUCUCACGCGACCUCGCAAAAGCCCAACAGUACAUCGACAAAGCCAUAUCCCUCAACCCCUCAGAAACCGAUUACACCUACCAAAUGACCCGCGCCCGCAUACUCAAACACCAAGGCUCCGUCUCCAAGGCCUCCAAAACCAUGAACGACGCCCGCGAAAUGGACCUUAAAGACCGCUACAUCAACACCAAAUGCGCCAAAUACCAACUCCGCAACAACGAGCACGACACUGCAGUCUCCACCAUGGGCCUCUUUACGCGCAAGGAAGCCGUUGGUGGCCCCUUAGGCGACCUGACGGAUAUGCAAUGCGUCUGGUUCCUGACCGAGGACGGCGAGUCGUACCUCCGCCAAGGCAGACUCAGUCUCGCGCUCAAACGCUUCAAGACUGUCUACGACGUCUUCGAGACCUGGACGGACGACCAAUUCGACUUCCACUCCUUCAGCUUGCGCAAGGGCAUGGUGCGAGCGUAUGUGGAUAUGAUUCGGUGGGAGGACGGGUUGCGGGAGCAUCCUUUCUUCUCGCGCGCAGCGCUUUCGGCGAUAAGGGUGUACUGUAUGCUGUUCGACAAGCCGGAACUCGCAUCGCAGUCGCAUCUGAAUGGCGUAGCGGGGGAGAGCAACGCGGAGAAGAAGAAAGCGGCGAAAAAAGCGCGGAAGGAGGCUGAGAGGGUGGAGGCGGAGAAGAAAGCUAAGGCUGCGAAAGCGCCACAGCCAAAGGCGGAUGACGAGGGUUCAGUGAAGAAGGAGGAUACAGACCCGAACGGGCUGGAACUGGUGAAGACGGACAAACCGCUCGAGGAGGCGAUGAAGUACGUCGCGCCGCUGCUGGAGUUGAGCCCGAAGACGCUUGAGCACCAGAUCGCUGGGUUCGGGGUGUUUAUUCGUCGGAAAAAGUACCUCCCAGCCCUCAAAUGCCUCCUCGCCGCCCGCGCCCUCGACCCCUCCCACCCGCGCUGCCACGAACUUUCCGGCCGUCUGCAGUUCGCUCUGCAAAAUUUCUCGGAACCGCUGCCCGAAAAAGCUCAGUCCGUCGUGGACGCGACGUUCCUCUCCACCCUCCCCUCCCAACCGAUCGCAGACGUGAACGAAGCUUUCCUACAAGCGAACAAGGACUCAGCGCCGCACGUGCACUCUGCGGUGAGGCUACGGUAUGCGCUUAAAGCUGACGAGGAGGCGAGGAAGAGGGGCGUGCAGGAUCUGUUGGCGAGUUUGGGGGCGGAGGGGACGAGUUGGGAGGAAGCGCUGGAGGGGCUGCGGGUAUUGGGGGAGAUUGAGGCGGAUGCGGAGGCGAGGGGGGAGUAUGUGAAGGCUGCGAGGGAGCGGUGGGGGCAGGCGGAGGUGUUUGUUGUGUCGUAG